GCGACGAUGGUGUACGAGGUCCGGCUGAAGCUCGGGACCGACGAAGAGGGCCUGCUAUGGCCGCGCCGCCCGCAGGUCGGUCCGUCGGGCCUCCUCGGUUGCAUGCGCAACCUCCCUCUCCGGACGUACAAGGCCACCGAGACGUCGGACGCGGGCACGGGCUGGGCCCGCUUCCGCUGCGUCGCUUUCUCGGCUGGCGGCGACGUCUUUGCGGCCGUCGACGAGAAAGGCCGCGUCUUCGCCUUCUUUCCGACGCGGAACCGGUAUGCGCUCGUGUGCCACUUGGGCACGCCGGCGCUCGAGUGCGCCUUUAGCCCGCACCAGCGCGCCGAGCUCCUCGUGACGUGCGAAGACUUGACCGUUCGCUGCGUGAACGUGCAGACAAAGGUGCUCGUGAGUACGCUCCGCGGCCACCGACACGUGCCGACGUGUGUCUCGUUCCAGCGGCCGGGCCAGCUCGCGCUGACAGCGUCCGCCGAUGCCGUGAUCCUCUGGGACAGCGCCGACUGGUCGCGCUUCCGGACACUGAACGCCGGUCCUGGUGUCCAAGCCGCGCAGUUUGUCAACAAUGGCGAGCUCGUCGCCGUGUGCUUCCGCGACGACUCGAUCUUGAUGUGGGAGCUGAGUACGCUCGCGCUCAAGUACCGCUUCGCGCUGCCCGAGUACGAGCAUCCGCCGGGCCUCACGCGCUUUUGCGUCUCGGACAACUGCCGCGCCAUCAUCGCAAGCGGCCACUCGCCCUUUAUUUACGUAUGGGAAUUCGAGUCUCAAACGCUCAUCCGCAUCAUCGAGCUGCCGGCGACCGUCCGGCGCGUCUUCCAGCAUACGUUCGUGCCAUGUACGAGCACGAUCAUUUGCGUCCUCGGUGACGAUGGCCAACUCAACUUUCUCAACGUCUCGACGUCCACGCCCAAGGUGAGCCUCCAGGUCGCACAUCGCGCCAAGGCCAUGACGCAUUAUGCCAUGGACGGGAAUGGCAAGUAUCUCGCGUGCUGCUCCAGCGACGGGUGUCUCCUCCUCUACGACCUGGACAUUGCACGCGAGACUGCGUACGCCGUCCAGGGCAUCCGAGAACGCGCCGACGCCGACGACAACUACUUGCCAACGCGGUCGGCAAUUCCCACACCGCACUUGAUGGACUCGCUCUUUGGACCACCGGUCAAGUCGACGUACGAGCCUGUAGCAGCCUCACCCACCCCCAAGACGCCGACAACUCCGAAGACCAAGGCACCAAGCACGCCCAAGACACCGACGACGUCCAAGGCACCAGAAACACCAAUCAUGUCACGCACACCGACACCCGUGGCCCGGCCACCGUCAAUGGCGAUGCCACCUCAGGACGCAGCGCUGCAGAAGCGCCGGCUCGCGCACCUGCUACGGUCCUACGAAAUGUACCCGGAGCGGUACCGCAUGCUCGCGUGGCGCUUCCUCCUCGAGCUGCCCGACAACAGCGACGCGUUUAGCCUUCUCUUGCAAAAGGGCGUGCAUCCGUCGUGUGUGCAUCUCGCGCAGCGCUACCCGAUCCAGAACCAGCGGCUCUUUCGGCGGCUACAGCGCGUGCUCUCGGCCAUUGCGCACUGGUGCCCUGCGUUCGGCGAGGUCGAGUACCUCCCCGCGUUUGUGUUUCCAUUCAUCAAGGUCUGCGAGAACAACGAUGUGAUGGCGUUCGAGGUCGUCGCGUCGCUGCUCUUGUUUGACGGCGUCGACUUUCUACGUCGGUAUCCGUACCCGCCACUGAACUUGCUCCGCCUUCUCGAGAAGGAGCUCGAGCGCCGCGACCCGCAGCUCUACUUGCAUUUUGUGUCGCACCAUGUUCAAGCCGACGUGUACGGCUGGUCGCUUGUCAACUCGGCGUUCAGUACCGUCUUGCAGCGUCGCGACUGGCUAUAUCUGUGGGACCACCUCGUCACGCCGGGGUUUCGGGACGCUGGGCGGCUCUGGGCCGCUGUGCUCGCGUUCCUACAGCUCUCGCGCCAUGUGCUCUUGGACUGCACUUCGUCGACGGCGAUGUUAGCCUACUUUGGCCAGCAGCAAACGCUCGACAUGCGCCAGUUGGUCGACUGGAUGCGCCAGAUGAGCUUUCCGCUGCCAGAGCACGCAGAAGAGGCGCUCGUGCCACUCCAGAAAGGAAGCUACCCCCGCUUCCAGCACUACCCUCAUUUCGUCGUCGACUAUCAGAUCCAGGAGCGCAACCGCAUUGCGCGCGAAGAAGACGACCUCGCGGCCAAGCAAGCACUUGUGGCGCAGCUCCAAGCUGAAACAAAGGCACUCGAUGAGGCCCACCGCCGCUGGAUGGAAGAGAAGCAGCACUGGCUUGAGAGCGAGCAGAGCCGGCGGCUCGACGCCAUCGAGCGGGAGAAGCAGCGCAUCGUGACGAUGAAGGUGCUUGCGGCCAAGACUCGCGAGCGUCGUCUGCAGCAGAUCAUUGCGAUGGAGCGAAAUGCCAAAGAAGCGCUCGAGCAAACGAGCAAGCUCGUCGCAGCCGAGCACGACCGGUACCGCGUCGAGAUGGACUUUGCGGCGCAAAAGCUGGCGGCGCACACGGCGCAGCAGCUCGAUGACGAAGACAUUUCCGCGCUCGAAGCUGCGGCGCGGGCGCGUGUGGCCCGCAUUGCCGACGAACGGCUCUCGGAGGAGCGUCUCCAGCAGAUGCGCGUCGACUUUUUCGCGCAGUGCCGGCAGCAAGAGCUCGCAGACCAAAUCGUCUUUGACAGCUGGAAGCAGCAGGACCGCGACGCGGCCGCCACCGACCAAGCCACCGUCACCCGCCGCUUUGAAGAGGCGCGCAAGAUGCAAGAAGACGCCCUCUUUGGCGAGUGGCAGCAGAAGAUGCAGCUGCAGCAGAUGGAGCGCGCGCGGACAAUGCAAGGCCUCAAGCGCGCACGCGACGGACGCCACCAAAAGGCGACAACAAAUGAAACACUGGGCGACUCAAUGACGAGUCUCCCGCAUCUCGAGUCGCACGACGAUCAUGUCUCGCUGCCUCUCUCGUCUGGAAGUAGCAGCCAACGUAGUAGCAGUGCUGCACCGGCGCCUUCACCCGACUCGUCGUCGUCGUCGGUGCUGCGACCACCCCCGAGUAGCACACGGCCUCCCGCACCAAGUACAAUGGACCGUGCGUCGAUGCAGCCGAGCCCCGUUGCGUCAAAUGACAGUGUCCGAUCACGGACCCGCCCAUCACCAGUGUCACCAGUGGUGCUGGCGGCGCAACAACCCGCGCCGCCGGCAACGCCGUCACCAGUGCCACCGACAACGCCGUCGCCCAUACCGACGCUAGCAACUGUCGACGUCGCACCGCCCGCGCCCGAGGCACCUACAGUCGACGCAGGUCCUGCAUUCGAUGUCGACAGCCAGAUGCACGAGCGAGUCUUCUCCGCGUUGACGCCGCCGAUGAGUGCGAGCUCCUUGUCGUCGAUUUCAGCGUCGUCCGACCGCCAGAAGCAACUGUUGCGCAUGGCGUUGGAGCAAGUGAGCAGCGACGAAGACGACGACGCAGCUGGAAUGUUUGGACGUCCGUUCGACCUCCCACCGCUGCAGAACCACCGGCUCAGUGCGAUCGAGCACGACCUCAAAAUCGAGUUCUCCGAGCUGGGCUCGGAUGCGGGCAGCCUCGAGCAGCGUCCGCUCUCGGACCUCGAGCGGGACCUCGAAGGCAUGUUCAGUGACGACGACGUCAACAGCAGCUCGCUGUCGCACCUCGAGUCGCUUUUGCACUCGCCCAGCCACCGGCACAGCGUCUCGGCGCCCGUGACGCGCGCCCCGUCCCCCGAUGACGAGCCGCCGCUAUCUGCCCGCUCCAAGCUGCGUGAUCUCCAGUCCAAGCUCACAUCCCAGGAGCUGCAGACGCAACGCAGCGUCGACGAAGGUCUUCUCGCGGUCGGGGACUUGGCCGACCUCGUGCCCGUCAAGGCCACAGCGGUCGCAGUCGAGCCCUUUGAACGCGACGACGAGCACGAGCGGCUCAUGGCCCGUGCCAAAGCGCUUUUGCGCGAACACCAAUUCCGAACCAACUAGCACAAUAAGAUACCCGUCGCCAUCAAACGAAUAUGUCAUGUU